UAACACAUAAUUGCAUGAAGUAUCGCCGUGAUCCCUGAUAUUGAGGAUGUUACUCACCGCCUGCCCUGUAGAUAAUAGGGUUCAUUUCCCCUCAAUGUUGACGUUAUCAUUAAUUGCUUCUUCCUCUUGCUAACGUCGUUAUUGUGAAGUUGCAAUGGCGAAUUGGCAAACCGAAGAAGGACUCUCCAUUAACAAAGAGGGUACUAUUAUUGUUGUUGCUGAUGAAGACGACAGCAGCAGCGGCAGCAGCGGCAGCAGCGGCAGCAAGAGAAAGCACCCACCACGGCGUUCAGCAAGGCAACCAGCAAAGCGAAGGCGGUGGUUUGAUGAUCUUGAUGAUGAUGAUGAUGAAGUUGGUGAUGCAGCCAACCAAGGCAGUCUUUUGCCUUCUUGCGAAGAACAGACUCAGCAGUCUAUCAGAAGUGUCAGCCAAGCACGAAAACGGUCUCGCACGCCAUGGAACUCGGACCUAACUCAUCGCUUCAUGGAGGAGCUCGUCAUCCUCUACCGGGACAAGAAACUCAACACCACCAAGGCUGCCACGAGAAGGCCUAUUUUCAUCGAGCUUGCAACGCAAAUAAACGAUGAGGCCUGGUUCGCUAAUAGCGUAACUGCUAUACAGUUAGCUAAUAAGUACGACGUUGAGAGAAAGAGGUACGAUACCUGGGCCUCUGUUGCCUAUAGGUCAGGCAAUACGUACGAUGAAGAUGACGGCAGAGUCUUUUGCAGUGAUGAGGCAAAAGAGAGCUUUCUUAGCGACCAUCCACGGCAAGAGUGGGUUUUCGAGAAAGGGAUAGGGCCGCCGGCUCCAUACCAAGAGAUAUGGAGUACCGCUGUUGGCAAGGGCAACAAUAUUCAGUCUAUUGAAGAGGUCAGCCGUGAGGUCGACUCUAGGGGCGACGGUAGUGACCAAGAGGAUGUUGGAGAUGUCGAAGAAGACGACCUUUAUCCAGGUACACGGGAUCUACAGCCAAGUCAGUCUCCCUUUUCAUCGCCACAGUCCCUAACGUCAAAUCUUCACUCAACUCCUCUACCUCAACGUGGCCAAUUCAUUCCUAUCGGCAACAACCCACGGAGAAAGAAAACACUUACUGCUGCCGAGGCCAACGCGUACGUUGGCCAGUCGAUACAGGACCUUGGAAACAAGUUCUCUAGCAGUAAAGGAGAGGUAUUAGCAAUGAAGUUGAAGGAGAAACACAGGGUGAGAGAGCAGCCGUCACGUGAAGAAGUUGAGGUGAAUAAGGCGAUGGAGGACCUUGCGAGAUUUCAAAGUGACCUUAAUUAUGACGUUUAUCUGGUUGUUUCAAAUAGGUUGAUAACGAAGGAGAAGAAGUUAGUAGUAUCGCGAGCAAGGUAUUGGAACUUACUACCAAGUGACGAGUUAAAGAAGGCGUAUUGUAUGGAGGUAUAUAAGCAAGAGAAAAGUCGAUAGGUCAAUUAGUUGUAAUAGUAAGUUGUCACAAUCAGUUGUAAUGACUAUUAUCUACC